UGUGGGACAGAGACAGUUGGUAUGCCUGGCCCGCGCUUUACUGAGGAAGACCAAGAUCCUCGUCCUUGACGAAGCCACAGCGGCGGUGGACCUGGAGACGGACGACCUCAUCCAGAACACUAUCCGGACAGAGUUCCAUGACUGUACCAUCCUCACAAUCGCCCACAGGCUCAACACCAUCAUGGACUACGACAAGAUUAUGGUGCUAGAUGCUGGUGUUAUUCGUGAAUAUGAAAUUCCCCAUAUUUUAUUGCAAGAUAAGGAAACUAUAUUUUAUGGAAUGGCCAAAGACGCUGGACUAGUGUUCUGAAGAUGAUCCUCUUUACCUGUGAUUUAGAGUAAUUUCAGGGAGUCUGAAGCUUACAGACAACCGUGACAACUGGCCUGUGUUGGUCACCCAGUUUACACGUCUUUCCAAGUACACGUGAAUUUAUAAUGAUGUACACAUGAUUCUUAUGCAUUCUAUGACAUGCACUCGUGAUUCAAUGACAUGUACACAUGAUUUUGUUACAUAGACACAGAAUUCUGUGACAUGUGCACAAUGUUCUGUUACAGGUGCACAUAUUUCUAUGACAUGUCAUGUGACAUGUACUCAUGAUUAUGUGACAUGCACACAUAUUUUUGCAUCUUGCCCCAAAAUCCAAUGUCCAAAUUAAUUCAGUGCUACACACACACACACACAUAUAUACAUACAAUGUAUAUAUAAUUAUAUGUGUGUGAUUGUGUGUGGCAUGUACACAUUGAUUGAUGAGAAAUAUGGUUAGUCUAUAAAUACAUUGAUUUACUCGUUAUGAAUUUUGCACACUUGUUUGGCAACAUGUGUAGGUUAAUGUCAUAAUUAGUUCAUUUCAUUUUAGUAAGUUCAUUCCAAUUGCACUUUCGCGUAUACAAGUUAUUUUAUUGAAAAUGUUAGGAUGUUUAGUUAGGUUUUUAAGUAUGGGUACUUUUAAUUCUUACUUGAUGGUAUGAGGAAAUGUGUUUCCUUCCCUCUAAAGGAAUAAUGUUUCAAAUACUGGUAUUACCAGGGUAUACAUGUUUGUAAAAAAGCUUGGUCAUGUUAUGUCUUGUAAGUCAACAUUUCCAGUAUUGUGCGUACUUUAUAUUUUUGAAUACAUUUCUUUCUUUAUUUGCCUUGUGUACAUAGUACAAUGAUACAUGUACCAGGUUACAUACGUGUUUGAGUCGGGUAACCGACCUCAGUGAUCAGUGGACAGACAAUGCCUUGAAACCUCUAACCUUUUAGAUAGUAUUUACAAAUCAUCUCUUUAAUUAAAUUUUAUUGGUUUUUUUUGGUGUAACUAUACACAUGGAUAGGCAGAGUACAGACUUUCCUGUUUCAUGCAUAUUCUCCUUUCAAAAUUUUAAGACAUACUCAUAUAUAACUGAUGAUUUUACUGGAGAGAUUUGGAAAUCGGGAUUUAAAUGUAUAUAUUAAACAACAAGAUGUUUAAGGAAACCAAGAAUUUAGAUUGGAUGAUCAUGAUUA